GGCGGCCGCCCGGGAGCGGAGCGGAGCGGACGGAGCCGAGCCCAGCCCGAGCCGAGCCGAGCCGCGCCGCGCCGCCAUGGCCGCGCCGGGCCCCUGACCGGGACGCCGCGGCCGUCUCAGCCCGGGCAGCCCCGCAGCGGGGCCCGCACAGCGCAGGCGGGGCCGAGCCGGCGGGGCAUGGCGGGGGCGGCCUAAGGGAGGCGUCGGCGGCCGCUGCGGGUGAGGGGCCGGGCCCGGGCCGCCUUCCUCCCCCCUCCCAGCGCCCCCCAGCGCGGCCCGGCGGCGGCACGGGACAGGCCGCAGUGUCCAGCCGCUGUCUCGGCAGCCCGCACGGCUCCCCCCUUCCCCGGCUCGGGCCGUCCCCGGGGCCGCAGCGAGGAGCCGAGCGCCGCGGGGGAGGCCCGGCCGCUGCGGCAUGUGCCGCAGAAACAGUUGGGCUGGAAGCUCGUGCCCCCCCCUGCGAGGUCGCCGGGAGCUUGUGCCUGGAGGAGCGACGGAGGAGAAGCAUCAGCCCGGGCUGGUGGCAGCGCUGCGGACGGGGGGCGGCCCCCAGGAGCCCCGUGCAGAGGGCCAGGGCCAAGGCCCGGAGAUGGCAGCGCCGAAGCGUCGUCGGGCUCAGGCGUGGCCGGAGGAGCGCGGCGAGCGCGAGCACGGGCUGUACAGCCUGCACCGCAUGUUCGACAUCGUGGGCACGCAGCUGACGCACCGCGACGUGCGCGUCCUGUCCUUCCUCUUCGUGGACGUCAUCGACGACUACGAGCGCGGCAUGAUCCGCAGCGGCAGGGAUUUCCUGCUGGCGCUGGAGCGGCAGGGCCGCUGCGACGAGACCAACUUCAGGCAGGUGCUGCAGCUCCUGCGCAUCAUCACGCGCCACGACCUGCUGCCCUACGUCACCCUCAAGCGCCGACGGGCCGUGUGUCCAGACCUGGUGGACAAGUACCUGGAGGAGACGUCCAUUCGCUACGUGACGCCCCGAGCUCACGGCGAGGCAGAGCACGGGCUGGGCCACCCCCAUAAAUCAGUGCCUCCCCACCACCCCGUGGUCUGCUGCUCCUCGGGACCCCAGAUCUGCAGCAAGAGGCCGGGCCGCGGCAGGACCCUCCUGGGCAGCCAGCGCAAGCGGAGGAAGUCGGCGACGCCGGACCCCAAGGAGAAGCAAACGUGUGACAUCCGGCUGCGCGUGCGAGCCGAGUACUGCCAGCACGAGACGGCGCUGCAGGGCAACGUCUUCUCCAACAAGCAGGACCCCCUGGAGCGGCAGUUCGAGCGCUUCAACCAGGCCAACACCAUCCUCAAGUCCCGGGACCUCGGCUCCAUCAUCUGUGACAUAAAGUUCUCAGAGCUCACCUACCUCGACGCGUUCUGGCGUGACUACAUCAACGGCUCCUUGCUGGAAGCCCUCAAGGGCGUCUUCAUCACGGACUCGCUCAAGCAAGCCGUGGGCCACGAAGCCAUCAAACUGCUGGUCAAUGUGGACGAGGAGGAUUACGAGGUCGGGCGACAGAAACUCCUGAGGAACUUGAUGCUGCAGACGGCUCCCUGACGGCCCCGCCCCCGCUUGGCUCCUCCUUUUGGGGUGUUUUCUCUUGGUUUUUUUUUUGUUUUCUAAAAGGAAAAGCUGAUGGGAACCUCCCUCCCCCUGCCCCCCCUCCCCCCUGACACCGGGCUGGAGCCGUGGGCUGGAGCCUCCCCCUCCCCUCUGCCCUCCCCUCACGCUCUCUUUUUCUUUUGAGGGGUUGUUUUUUUCUCUUUUAUUUUAUAUCUAUUAAAAACAAACAAAAAAAGGCAAAAAUCGCCCCUGGGGCACGUUGGUGUGAGCCCAGGGCUGGGGGGAGGGCUCAGCCCCAUCGACUCUGGGGGUGGCUUCACCCCCGCUCCUGCCCCUGUGUCGCUGUCCUGGGGGGGGGCUCCGUGUGCCAGGGGAUCCCCCCGUUUCUCCCCCACGUCCCCCCCUCCCCGCAGUGGGUUUCUCAGGAGUCCAACCGUCCCUGCAGCGUCCCCCCGACCAUGUGCCUUCGCGUCCCCCUCCCCUGCGGGGGCCGGGGGGGAGGACCAGCGCCGAGGGACGCCCCCACAUCUCUUGCCCAUCCCCUCUGCCCUCCUUUGGGUGGCUGCCUGGCUCCAUCCUCCCCAGCCUCCAACUGGGACAAACUGGGAUGAGGAGGAGGGCUGGAGCCUGGGGGCCUGCCUGUUGCUGGCAGCUGGCAGCCUGGCCUGCUUUGGUGGGAGGGUGACCAGCAGCGGGUGGCCCUGAGACCCCCCAAAACAGCCACAUCCCCCCUGCAGCCCCUGCUGGGGGUGGGGGGGUGUGUGCGUGGGGGUUGUUUUUCUGGCUCCAUCCUAGUUUUGUGGGUUUUUUUCCCCCCUCCGUGGUGGGGGGGAAUCCCCUGGGCCCUGUGCUGCGUGUGUGGCCCCCUCCUCCCCAGCCCAGGGGCACGCAGCCCCCCACCCACCCUCCCUGCGCUUUACAGACCAUUCUGGCACAACUUGGUGUAAUUUCUGUGACUUCUGUAUUUUUUAAACUUCACUCUAACGGUCAUAACCCCCUGUGUAGCUUUUGGGUUUCUUGAAAUAAACAUCUACCGCA